AUGACUCUUGUGUCUCUACUGGAAGAAAACAACGAAACUGCUACUCACAGACACACAGAUCUGAAAUCUAAGAGCCGUUUCACCCCAAAUAUAGGCAGCUUCCGAAAUAUUGAGCUAUUUCUAGAGGCAGUAACAUUUGAAAUUGACAACAUUAAAACGGUUGACUUGCAAUUCUAUCCGAACAUGAAUUUAACCAAACAUGAAAACAAAGCUCUGCAGUCACUCAGAAAAGACAACAGAAUCAUUAUAAAACCUGCCGAUAAAGGGGGCAACAUUGUUGUCAUGAAUUCAGCAAACUAUGUUGAGAUGACUCAUAAGAUUCUUGAGGACAGGGAUACAUACCAUAUUCUAAAAUCUGAUCCCACUAACGUAUUCUUAAAUGAAUACAAACAAAUUCUAGAUAUGGGUUGCAGCAGAGGAUUGCUAUCUCAAGAUGAAUAUGAAUUCAUCUUAAAUCGUAAUCCAAGGAUAGCAACCUUCUACUGCUUGACUAAGAUACAUGAGGAUCUUCAAAAUCCCACCAGACGCCCCAUAGUAUCCGGGGCUGAUAGCCUUACGCAAAAUGGGAGUAUCUAUACCGAUAGAAUCUUAAGACCGUAUGUAGAAUCCCUACCCUCGUUCAUCCAAGACUCUAAGCAGACCCUGGCUCUUCUCUCUGAUCUGAAUGUGCCUGAAUCAGCAGCACUUUGCAGUCUGGAUGUGGAAUUUCUGUAUUCCUCAAUACCUCUUGAAGGAGCAAUCCAACAUGUUCAAUUCUACCUCGAAAAAAGGGGGACAGACUACCAAUCACAGUCGAGCUUAAUUUUGAAUCUCCUCGAGUUUAUCCUUUUGCACAAUUAUUUCCUCUUCAACAACAAAUUUUACCACCAGGUGUAG